UAGGCGAGAGGCGGAGGGAGAAGCAGCGGCGUCAGAGCCGGAGCCGAUCUCUCUGCCCAUCUGCAGCCCCUGCGCUCUCUGUAGAGAGGGGCUGGAAGAGACGGAAGGCAGCGGCCGGAGGGAAGAGCGCGGCGAGCGCUGCCGAUAAUGGAGAGCAGGCAGAGGCAGGGGCAGAGCCGGCGGCCAGCAGCCGGGCGAGUGUUGCUGCCCUCUCUGCUGCUGUGCUGGUGCUGCCGGGCGGCGCCGGAGCGGCUCCACUAUGCCAUCCCUGAGGAGCUGGACAGAGGCUCCCUGGUAGGGCCGCUGGCACGGGACCUCGGGCUGAGCCCGGAAGAGUUGCCGGAACGCAAGCUGCGGCUGAGCGCCGCGAAGCAAUACUUUACCGUGAGCGGGGAGAACGGGAACCUGUACGUGAGCGAGAGACUGGACCGGGAGGAGAUGUGCGGCGAGUCGGCGUCCUGCUCUGUCAGCUUCGAGGCGCUAGUGCAUAACCCACUUAACGUUUUCCACGUGGAUGUGGCCAUCCAGGAUGUAAAUGAUAACUCCCCGAGGUUUCCACAAGACAGUUUCCACCUGGAGAUCAAUGAGCUCACUUCAGUCGGCGCCCGCUUUGUCUUGGGUAUGGCAGAAGACGCAGACGUGGGCAGUAACUCGCUGCAGGGUUAUGAGCUGGAAGCCAACGAGUAUUUCGCGGUGGAGGUGAAGGAGAGCCCGGACGGCAGCAAGUUCGCGGAGCUGGUGCUGCUUCGGGCGCUGGAUCGGGAGAGAGAACAGAGCCUGCGGUUGGUGCUGACGGCGGUGGACGGCGGGGACCCGCCCCGGAGCGGCACCGCCCAGCUCUGCAUCAACGUCACCGAUAUCAACGACAACGCCCCCGUGUUCGCGCAGGAGCGGUAUCGAGUGAGCGUGCGGGAGGAUGCACUGCCGGGAUCGACAGUGGUGAACGUGUCCGCCUCCGAUGCCGACGCUGGCAUCAACGCCCGCAUCACGUACGGCUUUGGGAAAAUGCCGCCUAAGGUGCUUCAGAAGUUCAUGGUGGACGCAGAGAGCGGAAGGAUCACGCUGCAAGAGGCGCUGGACUUCGAUGACACGCGUGGCUACACGCUGCUGGUGGAGGCAAGGGACGGGGGCGGUCUGGUAGCGCACUGCAAGGUGGAGGUGGAGGUGCUGGACGUGAACGACAACACGCCCGAAAUCACGGUGCUGUCGGUGUCGAGCCCGGUACCCGAGGACGCACCGGCCGGAACGGUGGUGGCCCUGCUGAACGUGAAAGACCCGGAUUCUGGGGAGAACGGUCAGGUGUGGUGCGAGCUGUCGGGCGAGGCGCCGCUGUCGCUCGUGGCGUCGUCGGGCGGGUCGUACAAGGUGGUGACGGCGAGCGCGCUGGACCGGGAGCAGAAGUCCGAGCACCGGGUGACGGUGGUGGCGAGGGACCGGGGCAGCCCGGCGCUCUCGAGCAGCACGGUGCUGGUGCUGGAGGUGUCGGACGUGAACGACAACGCGCCGGUGUUCGAGGAGGCCGCCUACAGCGCCUACGUGGCGGAGAACAACGCGGCGGGUGCGCUGGUGCUGCACGUGAGGGCGCGGGACGCGGACGCUGGCAGCAACGGGCGCGUGAGGUACUCGAUGGAAGGCGGCAGCGCGGGCGCGGCGCCGUACGUGUCGGUGGAGGCGCAGAGCGGCGCAAUGUACGCGCAGCGCUCCUUCGACUACGAGCAGUGCCGAGAGUUCGCGGUGGUGGUGCGGGCGCAGGAUGGCGGGGAACCGGCGCGGAGCUCGACGGCGACGGUGCGCGUCUUCGUGUUGGACCGCAACGACAACGCGCCGCGGGUGCUGUGGCCAGCGGCGGCGGGUGCAGGGGCAGACGCGGGAUUGGCCGCGGGCCCGAGCCCGUUCGAGAUGGUGCCUCGGUCGGCUGAGGCCGGGUACCUGGUGGCCAAGGUGGUGGCGGUGGACGCGGAUGCGGGGCGCAACGCCUGGCUGUCGUACGAGCUGGUGCAGGUGACGGAACCGGCGCUGUUCCGCGUGGGGCUGCACAGCGGCGAGGUGCGCACGGCGCGGGCCGUGUCGGACAGGGACGCGGCGAAGCAGCGGCUCGUGGCCGUGGUGAAGGACCACGGGCAGCCGGCGCUGUCGGCCACGGCCACGCUGCACGUGGUGCUGGCCGAGAGCUUGCAGGAGGCGCUGCCGGAGCUGAGCGAGCGGUCGGCGGGCGCCGACUCGGCGGCGGAGCUGCAGUUCUCCCUCGUGCUGGCGUUGGCUCUCCUGUCCGCGCUCUUCCUGCUGAGCGUAGCGCUGGCCGUGCUGGCAAGGGGCCGCCGUUCCGGACAGCCCGCCGUGCUGCGCUGCCUGGGCGCGCAACGCUUCUCCGUGGCCGGCGCCGCUUUCCCAGCCGACUUCUGCGAGGGCACCUUGCCCUACUCCUACAACCUCUGCGCGGCGCCUGGACGCUCCGUCGCCGAGGGUGCUUGGCCGCCGCUGCCUGUGCCCAGCCUCCCCGCCGAGGAGCUUCUCUGUGGGGAGCCCUGCGCGGAGAGGAGCCUGACUAGUAUUGACGGCGCUGGAAAGCUGCCAGCGGAGCCCAACGCGCCGCAGCGGAGACCAGGACCGGAAGCCAGUGCAGCAGGAGGAGGAGAAGGAGCUGGAACGGUGGUCGGCGGCGGGGAGCUGUCUGCGGCAGAGAUGGGAGCGGCGGAGAGGCGCUGGAGCCUCAGGAAGAGAGCGCUGCUGUGGGGAGUCCUGAUGGCAGCGUUGGACGCGGCGUGGGGACAGCUGCACUACUCGGUUCCCGAGGAGCUGCCCAAGGGCUCGUUCGUGGGAGACGUUGCCAAGGACCUGGGGCUGGAGAUGCUGGCUCUCCGCGACCGCGGAGUUCGAGUCGUCUCUGAAGGUAGGACGAAGUAUUUCGCCUUGCACGGGAAGACGGGCCAUUUGGUGACAGCGGAGAGGAUAGACAGGGAGCAGCUGUGCGAGAGUGUGCGGCAGUGCGUGCUGCGGUGUGAGGUGAUAUUAGACGGAGAAAUGCAGGUUUACAGCGUCGAAGUGGAAAUCACGGACAUUAACGACAACGCUCCCAAGUUCGAGGAAAUGGAGCUGGAGGAGAGAAUGAGCGAGUCAACAGCUCCGGGGUCACGGUUUCCAUUGGUCGAGGCUCACGACCCGGACGCGGGCCCGAAUUCCCUGCAGCGCUACGAGCUGAGCGGCGAUGAGCACUUCUCGCUGGCCGUGCAGGCGGGUCCCGGCGGGGAUCACCGUCCCGAACUGGUGCUGGAGAAGGCGCUGGACCGGGAGGAGGCGGCGUUUCACGAGCUGGUGCUGAGGGCGAGAGAUGGGGGAGAGCCAGCGCAGACGGGCACAGCGCGGAUCCGCGUAACGGUGCUGGACGCUAACGACAAUGCGCCCGUGUUCAGCCAGGAGGAGUACACGGCGCGUGUGGCCGAGGACGUUCCAGUGGGCUCUGUUCUUGUCACCAUCACGGCCUCUGACGCCGACGAGGGGUUGAACGGAAACGUGAAAUACUCAUUGAAGAAAAUCACAGCGAAAGCCUCGAGAGUUUUCGAGCUGGACGCUGAGACAGGUGCACUCACGUUGGUGCGACCGCUGGACUUCGAGGAAGGGGAUUCCUACGAAUUGCAGGUGCAGGCAAGGGACGGAGGAGAGCUUUUCGACGCCGCGAAAAUCGUGAUCACGGUGACAGACGUCAACGACAAUGCCCCCGAGAUUUCGGUGCGGUCAGCAUUGACAGAGAUCUCGGAGGAUGCGCAGGCGGGGACAGUGGUGGCCCUGCUGCACGUGCAGGACAGGGACUCGGGGGCAAACGGCCAGGUGCGGUGCUCGCUGGACGAGGGUGUCCCCUUCCGACUGAGGAGCUCGCAGGGAAGCUACUACAGCGUCGUGACGGCGGGAGAGCUGGACCGCGAGAAGGUGUCGGAGUACAACCUGACCGUGCGGGCGGUGGACGGCGGGUCGCCGGCAAUGCAGAGCAGCGCGGUGCUGGCGCUGCGGGUGCUGGACGUGAACGACAACGCACCCGUGUUCGCGGAGCCGCGCUACAGCGCCCGGCUGGCAGAGAACAACGCGGCGGGAGCGCUGGUGCUGACGGUGCGGGCAACGGACGCGGACUGGGGGCAGAACGCACGCGUGCGGUACCGGCUGUCGGAGGGGCGGGUGAGGGGCGCGCCGCUCUCGUCCUACGUGUCGGUGCAGGCGGAGACGGGCGCGCUGUACGCGCUGCGCUCGUUCGACUACGAGGAGGUGCGCGAGGUGCGGCUGUGGGUGUGGGCGGAGGACGGCGGCUUGCCGGCGCUGAGCAGCAACGCGUCGGUGGUGCUGGAGAUCGUGGACGAGAACGACAACGCGCCGCAGGUGCUGUACCCGCCGGCGGCGGCGCCUUCGGCGGCGGUGUCGGGCUGGGCGGGCGUGGAGCUGGCGCCGCGGUCGGCGGAGCCCGGGGCGCUGGUGGCCAAGGUGGUGGCGGUGGACGCGGACGCGGGGCAGAACGCGUGGCUGUCGUACGAGCUGGCCAAGGCGACGGAGCCGGGGCUGUUCCGCGUGGGGCUGCACAGCGGCGAGGUGCGCACGGCGCGCUUCCCGCUGGCCCGCGACGCGGCGCGCCAGAGCCUGGUGGUGGUGGUGAAGGACCACGGGCGGCCGGCGCUGUCGGCCACGGCCACGCUCACGGUGGUGCUGGCCGAGAGCGUGGCCGAGCUGCUCUCGGAGCUGGGCAGCGCGGCGGCGGCGGUACCGGGCGAGCCGGCCGCCAGCCUCACGCGCUGGCUGGUGCUGGCCGUGGCGGCCGUGUCCUGCCUCUUCCUCGCCUUCCUGCUGCUGCUGCUGGCGUUCCGCCUGCGGCACUGGCGCCGCUCGCAGCUGCUGGCGACGUCGGGCAGCGCCUCCUCGCGCCGCGUCCCGGCCUCGCAGUUUGUGGGCAUCGACGGCGUCCGCGCCUUCCUGCACUCCUACUCGCACGAGGUGUCUCUCACCGCUGACUCUCGCAAGAGCCAUCUCCGCUUGUCCUCAGGCAGCUGCUGCGACACCCUCCCGGCCCGUCCGCCUCCCGACGAGCCCGCGCCGCUGCUCGGGCAGGACGUUGCGGACUCCCGCUGCUCUGACCUCGCCGCUCCCACGCAAGCUCAGCCUAACACAGACUGGCGUUUCUCUCAGACCCAGAGACCUGGAACCAGUGGCUCCCAGAAUGGAGAGGAAGGUGGAGCCUGGCCGAACAACCAGUUUGACACAGAGAUGCUCCAAGCCAUGAUCCUGGCUUCAGCAAAUGAAGCUGCUGACGGCAACUCAACGCUGGGCGGUGGAACGGGCACCAUGGGGCUGAGCGCCCGCUAUGGCCCCCAGUUCACCCUGCAGCACGUCCCCGAUUACCGGCAGAACGUCUACAUCCCGGGCAGCACCGCCACCCUCACCAACGCUGCCGGCAAGCGCGAUGCCAAGAACGCCGGUGCUUCAGGAGGCAACAAGAAGAAGUCCGGGAAGAAGGAGAAGAAGUAGAGAAGAAGAAGGAGACCUUAGAGCCACAGGGCAGCCGGCUCCAGCACUCCCUCAACCCACAGCUCAGGCCAGAGGACGAAUGUGAAUUUGUUGUGAUGCUAAAAGUAGGAAACACUGCGAAUGUAUCUCCUCAUCAUCAUCAGAGCUAGGAGCAGGGUCUCGCUGCUGUUAGAUCUCAUGAUGAAAACCAAUCCGGAAGCUAAACCGAACGCAAACAAGUGCCCUGUGAAUACUUGCUAAUGUUUUAUACGAUCCCUUGGGUGUUAGAAUAUGCAAGGGCAGAAGGUCUUCUGCCACAUCUUCGGAUCCGAUUUGCUCCCAGAUAGUCCUCGAAAGGCACAAGGCUUGUGCUUGGCUUUGCCUAGUGUAAAUAAUUCUAGCAGGGAUCUUUUAAUUUAUAGAGCUUCAAUCAUUUUUUCUUUGGAAAGGAAGUUCCUAGCUUAGAGCCCAUGCUCCAGAUCUUUGCUCUUAAACUUUCCAUUAGUAAAAUUCACACCCGGUUAAUGAUAGCGAUGGAUUUGUUGCUGAGAAGUUGGUAGGGAGUGCUUCAGUUCCUGCUUCCCUGUUACCUGGAAAAAGUGUUUAUAUUGCAUGAGUCAAAAGGAAUACGGCAAAGCUGCAUCCUAAACAUUUAUUUUCUUGUUUUAAAGUGCAACCACCGAUGGCCUGAAAUAUGAGAUUAAAACCCCCCUCUUGAUGUCAGAUGUAGGGAAUUCAAUGAGGAGCAUGCCGAGGUGUGCGGCAGCUGCCCCAGCGGUUCUAGGGGUCUCUGAAGAGCAGACACAUCUCAUCCCUUCUUUGCAGUAAAUAUUUAUAUGUACAGUCAAUGUUCUUCUGGAAUUAAAGCUAAGAGAGUCUCACUCCCCUGUGGCCAGGUGGCCAUCUGGCCAAGUCCCCAUCAAGGGGACCAGGGGACGAUGCUUCACGCUUCUGCACACCGUUUCUGCAUGCACAUCCUUCACCUCACGCCUGCGCUAGCGCAGUUAGCUCCAUGGACCCAGAGAAGUCCUCGCAUGCCCAUGCAGCGUGGUGUGAACAGCCCCUCUGUGCUGGGGCUGCUUUGGGAGGGGUGGGGUGGGUGGGAUGGGUGAAAUGGGAUAGGGAAAUUCAUCACUUCUUAUUUGGGGGUUAUUCGGGGUCUCAGCCAAAGGGGGAGAUCUGCGGAGCUGCUGGCGCAUGGCUUUGAGAGUUAGUGACUGAGUAAGUGAUGGUUUGUUCGAUGGUGUUUGGGGACCGGACCUGGGAAAGGGAGCCAAGAGCUGGGGGUGAGCAUGGGGUGAUGCUGCAAAGCUGGCGAGCCAGGGCAACAAGGUGGGGAUGUUACAAGGGACCAUGCCAAGCCAGCCCAGAUGAGAUGUUCCCACUGGCUUUGGGCUUUCCACCCUCCGUAGGGAAUCAAAGGAUGAGGAAUAGAGUUUCUCCAUAUACCCAUAACCCUUGCACCAGGCCAGCUUCCCAUAUCAAAGCAGCUCUGAGCCCCCCCAGGUUGGCAAAGCGGGGCUUUGUGUAGCCAGAGCAAGGAGAGGGGCUGUGGGGUGGCCAGGAAGGAGGUUCCGGGGGGGGGGUGUGUUGUUUUUUCCCUUUUUAACCACUAACUCAUAACUCACCCAGAUCCAGCCCUCUCAGCCAGGCUGCUGCCACCCCACCACUGCCCCCUCCCCAAACCCAGGGCAGCAGGAGCAUCCGCUGUUGUCCUUCCGGAUCCAGCCACCUCCAGCACUGGCUGCACUGGGAGCAGUUCCCACCCUGUCCCCUGCAGCUGCCACCUGCCCCCCCUCUAGAAAUGCUGUAGCUGAAUCGUAGUCUUUAUAUUUCUUUUUAACCUGCAACCCGAGGUAGCGUAGUGAGUGUUGUGUAUUUAGUGCUGUGCUCUUUUUAAUCUUGGUAACUAACUCGUGGCCACCAGUAUUUUCAAUUCUCUCUGUAUCUUCUUUCCAUGUGCUCUGUGCUCCGAGUGUACGUGAAAUGAACACGUUUGCCCUUUCAAUGUGUCUAAUAUUGAAUUAUACUUAUAUAUUAUAUAUAUGCUUAUAUCCUUCUUAUACCCGUAUAGACCAACGUCGAUGUGUUACACGCAAGUUUUAUACUCUAAUAUUUAUAUGGCUUUUUUUUUCUUUGGGAAAAAAAAAAUAAUAAAAUGGUUUCUUCUGAA